GCGAGCUCCGCCCGUGCACCGAAGUAGCAAGCAUCCGCUUCCGGUUCCAAAGCUGAAUUGGCUGUCGCUGAGGGAGGCCCUCUUACCGGGCUUUGCCUGAAAUGGACAACCGGCUUUCUUAUGAUGACUACCCAGUGGUUUUCCUGCCUGCCUAUGAAAAUCCUCCGGCAUGGAUUCCUCCUCAUGAGAGAGUGUACCACCCAGACUACAACAAUGAGUUGACCCAGUUUCUGCCCCGAAUUGUCACACUGAAGAAGCCUCCCGGUGCUCAGUUGGGAUUUAACAUCCGAGGAGGAAAGGCCUCCCAGCUGGGCAUCUUCAUCUCCAAGGUGAUUCCAGACUCGGAUGCACAUCGAGCAGGACUUCAGGAAGGGGACCAAGUUCUAGCUGUGAAUGAUGUGGAUUUCCAAGAUAUUGAGCACAGCAAAGCUGUUGAAAUCUUGAAGACAGCCCGAGAAAUCAGCAUGCGUGUGCGCUUCUUCCCCUACAAUUAUCAUCGCCAAAAAGAACGGACUGUGCACUAGAGACUUGCUGCCCACAGCCUUCCAUGCGGAAUCUGCCAGGACAAGCUGGCUAGACCUCUGAGAAGUUGGAGAAGUCAGAAAAUUGUACUCUCCAUACCCUCCUGGUUUAGUGGAUGGGGAGGAUGGGGAGGCAGCUUGCCAGCUGUAUUCUGUAUUAACUGUACUGUUCCCUAGUUUGCUAGGUGAGUUACAUUCUGGGAAAGGAGAAAGAUAGUGAUGUCUAGAUGUCUGUAGCCUGUGUGGGAAAGCCAACUAGAAAACAACUGGCACUUAUCAGGUACCUUAGAUUGGUCACUUAUACAGCUUAUCGUUUUAUUCGUAGAAAUCAGUAGAAAAAUGAAUCUCGGGGGCCUUCCAUCUGAUUUGCUUGGCCAUGCCAUCCAGUCCUUGUCCAUGUAUACCUUGGAGUCACAUACACUUAGGAGACUCCAAGGAGACACUUCCUUCUCAUGCCCACCCCCACCCAAAGUAAAAAGACAAUACUGAAUAAA